AUGGCUAAGACUGCAACGAUUAAAAGAGACACUAAUGAGACAAAGAUCCAAAUUGCAAUUUCUUUGGAAGGAGGUCAUAUAGCGUUGGAGGAGUCUAUUUUCAAGAAUUCGGCCAAUGAGACUAAAGAUGAUAGUCAUGCGACCCAGGCCACCUCUACACAAGUGAUUCAGGUCCAAACUGGAAUAGGGUUCUUAGAUCAUAUGUUACAUGCAUUGGCCAAGCAUUCUGGGUGGUCAUUGAUUAUAGAAUGUAUCGGAGACAUCCAUAUCGACGACCACCAUACAGCUGAAGAUGUUGGUAUCACACUAGGCCUUGCAUUUCACAAGGCACUCGGACAGGUGAAAGGUGUCAAGAGAUUUGGAUGUGGUUUCGCUCCAUUGGACGAAGCAUUAAGUAGGGCUGUUGUUGAUUUGUCCAAUAGACCAUAUGCAGUGAUUGAGUUGGGAUUAAAGAGAGAGAAGAUAGGCGAUUUGUCGUGCGAGAUGAUUCCACAUGUAAUGGAAAGUUUUGCCCAAGGUGCUGCUAUCACUAUCCAUGUCGACUGUAUAAGGGGAUUCAAUGAUCAUCACAGAGCUGAAAGUGCGUUUAAGGCAUUGGCAGUGGCUAUUAAGGAAGCUACUUCUAGCAAUGGCACCGAUGACGUUCCAAGUACUAAGGGUGUUUUAUUUUAA